CUGAUGCUGGGGUGGGAGGUCAUUACAGUGGGUUAUGCGCAUGCGCACACGGGCAUAAAACAUCGGUCACAUCUUUUGUUGGUAGAUAUUCAAACAACGAGCUCAGCCAGAGAAAUACGCAGCGGUCCCCCACACCAUGACAUCACGCGUUGGUCUCAGAGCUGCUGGUACCGAUGGAAGUGAUUUCAGACAAAGAGAGAGGGUGGCCCCAAAAUACCAAAUGUGUGCUGCCUUGAAGUCAGAGGUGCGUAAGUUAAACCUUGUCCACCUUCUCCUCUGGCUGCUGGUGGCAGCACAGGUGACUGUCAGCCACUUCAACCUGGUGUCACACGAUACAGUGUCCAUGCCGUACCAGUGGGAGUACCCUUACCUCCUCAGCCUCCUCCCUCUGCUCUGCAGCAGCCUGUCACUGCCAAAGAACAAUAUCAGUUACCUGGUCUUAUCCAUGAUCAGUGCAGGGCUGUUCUCUGUAGCACCACUCAUUUAUGGUGGAAUGGAGAUGUUUCCUGUAGCGCAGCAGCUCUACCGCCAUGGAAAGGCCUACCGCUUUAUUUUUGGCUUUUCUGCAGUGACUGUUAUGUACCUCAUUAUGGUGGUUGCUGUUCAAGUGCAUGCCUGGCAGUUAUAUUACAUGAAAAAACUGUUAGACUCAUGGUUCGACACCACUCAGGAGAAGAAGAAGAAAUAAUGGAACAGAAAGCUGUGACUGGUCAAAACUGUGUUUAUUUCCUAAUUUAUUCAUUUGAUCUACAUCUUAUUCAUGUCUAUUUAUUCAGUCACCAACUAAUUAUUGUUAAAAAUGACACCUACAUGAGUGUUCUCUAACACAAGUACA